AAUCGUACUUCACCGUGGUAGUGACGUGUUGCCGUAGUUUGACAACAAGCCGGUUCAUGUGUUAAAAUAAAGCUCUUUAAAAUUUGCAUAGAAAAAAGAUUCUGUCUUUUCCCCAGCGCAUGAUAUUUCUUACAAGAUGUUUGUGACAAUGUUCCUGUGAAAACACGGUUUCUUUUGCUAACAUGUUAUACAUUCUACCAGUGAAUACCGAGGAUCAUUUGUCAUUGUGAAUAAGCCGCACGUUGUUUUACAGUUUGCCUGUCCCAUUCUUUAAAAUCGCGAUGAGGAUGAAGAUAUAGCUUCUGUACACUGAAGGACGCAUUGCAGAGGCAUCCCAGCGUUUUGUACGCGUGGAAAGAUGUAUGACAUAUGUCACCCUAGCUACUAUCACCUGUGCAAACUUGGCUGCAACGAUCCUGUGAAGACCAGCACUGCCUUUUACGUUUACAUUGAACUGUGCGAAGCGAAGCGAUUCUGGGAUGUCAAGUACAAGUACAAGGAGGAGCUCGAUCUGCUUUAUUUGGAGGUGAGGAAGAAGGAGCAUUCUCCACUAGAAAUCUAUAUACCUUGGCCAGUCAAACAUAACAUUUCUCUCAACAAGAUUCAGAAGAUGCAACAGGCAUUGCAAAAUGAACGAUUAACAUUCGUAUUCAAGUCCGAAGACAGCAGCAGUGUGUUCUACACGGUGAGCGCGGGUCUCGUGAAGCCGGCAGCACCGGAAGUAACCAGGCAAUUGAAAGAAAAGGAGGAGAGGAGAUCGAACUUGGAAGCGGAAAUCCGGCGGAAUACGUCGAACGUAUACGAAUUGGCAAAGAGUUCCACUUUGCGCCGGAAGAGCGAUGAUCAAAGUCGCAAUCCUGGCCCGAGCACUAGUCUAGAAUCUAUAAUAAAUAUCGAUUCCAGUUUGGACAUAUUAUGAUACUUUUCCUUUAUUUGCUGUUAAAUUUUGAUGUAAUAUGCAUCUGCUUCUUGCAGAUCGUCUAUCUUUCUUUGUUUCUGUGGUACUUAGCGGUUUAUGCAUAAAUUUAGUUGACACGUACAAAGUUCCUAUAUAACGAAUUGUAUUUAACGCAUUGUAAUAUUCGAAAUUCGGUGUAGACAACAAAAUGCAACGAUAGAAGGUGUAGAUGAAAAAUUGAGAUGUAUAUUUUUCAGAUUUAUUUCUUUGAAGUAAUUCAUACGCGCACAUAAUGCGAAUUUUGAGGAUACUUCUAAGGAUUGCAUAAUAUUGUUUAAAGUGAUAUGUGAUAAGCUGCCACUGCGAAUAUAUAUAUGCAUUAAAUAAAUUAAUUCU